GGCAAUCAAUCAAUAAGUGGGCGUAUGAGCCGAGCGGCACUGCACGACGCGCGACAGAGUUCAUCCGGUCGGGUCACUCGCAUGCCGAUGCCAAUGCCAUGUGAGUGUCGCCUCACCAUACCAUUGCAAAACUGUCUGGCGCUAUUAUGCGUCUGUCUGUCUGUCUGAUGCCCACCCCACACAUGAAAUCAACCACAUCAAUUCAAUUAAGCCCCCUGACACUCACACACAGAGAUAACAUGUGCUAUGUGAAAAAUGGCCCUUCCCUCAGUCAUCAAUCUAUCUCUCAUCCCAUCUGAGAUGUCUCUCAGCCACCGGGUGUGUGUGAAAAAUGUGCAAGCACGGGGUGCACAUCACAUUGCCUUGCAGUGCGCUUCAUUCACAGACAACCGUCAUUAGUAGCUGUCAAGUCAAAGAUAGAUAAGAGAGAGAUGGCAAAAAUCUAUCUCCUAUCUCUCUGUCAGGUACCCACACACCCUCCCCUCCCUCCCCUCUUUGCCUCUUUGCCUCUCCGCCCCACACACACACUCGGCUACGCCAUUUUGUCUUCGGCCAGCGGUUGUGAGAGCGAUGACUGCGACAGGAGCGUCUCUGACACGAGUGUCUUGACCUCGCCAGGGCCGCCUUGCCGCAGCUUCUGCAGCCUCUCCAGCAUCUCCUUCUUGUUAGCUACACACAACACACACAUGAUCACGAUAGAUGCAUACGGUCUUGUUUGAUGCAUCUGUGUUGUGUUCUUUUCGUUCACUGACUGAUAGGAGGCUCUUGUGCUGGUGCAGGUGCGGGUGCAGCGACCGGCUCCUUCUUGGCCCCUGGCGCUGGCAUCACUGACGGCUUGGGUGGUGCUGGUGCCUCCUUCUUGACCGCCUCCACCGGAGGCGCCGCCUUCUUCUCCUCCACCUUGGGAGCUGGCGGGGCCUCCUCUUUCUUGGCUGCCGGGGCUGGUGCUGGUGCUGGUGCUGGGGGCUCUUCCUUCUUGGCCAUCGGUGCUGGCGCGACCGCCUCCUUCUUGAUCACCUGUGGCGCUGCCGGUGGUGCUGGCGGCUCUUCCUUCUUGGCCUCAGGUGCAGGUGCAGGUGGUGGUUUCUUCUUCUCACCCGGCCCCAGCAGCGAGUCCGGCAGCUCUAUUUUGCCUAUCGGCGCAGGUGCGGGCUGCGCCACGGGCGCCUUGGCCUUGGUGGGCGUUGCGACUGCUUUCUUGACCGUCUUCUGCACGGCUGGUGUCGAUCCUGGGGGUGUGGGUGGGGCGGGUGGCUGGGGGGACAGCAGCACGGAGGCAGCGUAGAGGCCGACGGACGACGCUACGGCACCUGAGGGAGAAGGCAUGGCAUGUGGAUGCGUGUGUGUGCUGAGGGAGUGGGGAUGUGAUGUGUGGGCGUGGCGUACGCACCGCCAGCAAUCCCUGCGAUGAGUUUGUCGAUGCCUUCUGGCCCGCUCCGGGUGCUCGCCAGAAGGUUGUAGCCCUGACAGACAGACAGGGGACAAAGAGAGAGAGAGAGAGAGAGGAGGGACAGAUACCACAUAAACGAAAACUCGUUCGUUCAUUCACUCACCGCAUCUUUCUUGAUCUGCUCCUCCUGCUCCUUCUGGAUGAUCUGGUCCUGGUGGCACAAGCACACCACACCACACACACGUCAAGAUUUACACACAUACAUACUAGACUGCUACACACACGCCGACACACGCACAUCCACCACAUCCCUCCAUCCCUACCGACCCGCAGUUUGGCCACGCUCCUGGCCUCCUUGGUCUGCUGCAGCAGCCCCCUCCCGGCAGACACGGCCGCCACCGGCGCCAGCACCCACGGCAACGCACCCAAAGCAACACCUGUGGCCGUCUGCUGCGUCGUCAGGCCCUGUGCACACACACACACACACACACGCACACACACAAAUCAUCCGCACCAUCGACAGGCACACUGCCUGCGUCCCGUCCGUACCUUGAUCUCUCCCCCUUUGGGAGGGCUGAGGCUGGGGAGGGACGGCAGCUGCACCGACGGCAGCUGGGGGAGGCUGGGUGCGGCGGGCGGGGUGAUCGAGGGCGCCUGGGGCUUGCUGCUGCUGGUGGUCGCGACGGCCUGCUGCUGCUUGGUCUGCUCGGCCAGCUUCUGCGGCUUGCUAAGCAGCCUGUCGAAGAGGUCACGCUUGCUGGUGGUGGGCGUGGGAGAGGGAGGGGCGGAGGGAGCCUCCUGCUCCUGCUGCUGCUUGGAGGCGAACAGACCUCGACCGAAUGGCGACUUGGCUGCACACAGGACACAGACUCUCACAGACAUACGGCAGUGGGUGUGGUGCAUUGAACGUGCAUCUCGUCCCCAUCCCACCUGGCUCUUUGUCCUUCUUGGCCUCUGUCUUCUUGGGUUCAGGUGUGGGCUUCUUGCCCUCCAGCCUGUCCUCGAUGUUGCUCAGCACAUCGCCGAAGUCGAUGUCAAGCGAUGCCGAGCGCCGCGUGAGUGAGGGGGGCCUCCUCGGCUGUGUUGACGAGAGCGGCUGCAUGUGCAUGUGCGUGUGUGAGGGGAGGGUGGGGGGGAGGAAGGCAUUGGAGGUGCUGAUGAUGCAGAGGGACAGAAAGAGCGGCGGGAGGGCCGCAGAUGAUGCAGCUACCAUGCUAUGCUGCCUGCCCGCUGCCUGCCUGAAGAAGAAAAUGCACAUGUGUAGAGCAAGCACAGCACAGCAAUGCAAUGCAUCCUUCCAUUCCAUCCUCUGGUGUUUGUGUGCUUGCAGAUCUGCGUGUGCCUCGCUCGUGCAUCUGUCACUCACCGUAAGUGAGUUGGUCCGCUGAUGGAUGAGUGAGGAUGGCCCACUCUCCCUUGUGCCGCCCUUUGCCCAGAUCCUCG